AAUGAACUCCAACUCUGAUUAGUAAGAUUUCAUUUAUAAUUUACAUAGUCAUUUCCUAUUCAAAGUAUUGUUAAUUGGAAAUUCUGGUGUGGGAAAAUCAUGUAUGCUUAUGCGUUAUUCUGUACUAUUUCAUAUAAUCUUAAGGAAAAUUAAUUCACCAAUAACUUUUAUAACACAAUAGGUGUUGAUUUUAAAACUAAAACUAUUGCAUUAGGAGAACACAAUGUUAAAUUGCAAAUUGUAAAUCAUUAUUUCAUUAUCUUAGUGGGAUACUGCAGGUCAAGAUAGAUUUAGAACAAUCACAUGUAGUUAUUAUAGAGGAGCUUAAGGAAUCAUUAUUGUUUAUGAUAUUACUGAUAGAGAAUCUUUUGAAAAUGUAAAAACUUGGAUGGCAGAAAUAGAUAAGUAAUUCUUUCUAAAAAUAUUUUAGAUAUGCAUCAGAAUCUGUAAAUAGAUUAUUGGUUGGUAAUAAAGCUGAUAUAACUGAAAGAAGAGAAGUAUCUUAUGAAGAAGGAUUAGAAUUAUGUAAUAUUCCUUUAAUUAUAUUUUUAGCAAGAUUAUAUUAAAUUCCAUUUUAUGAAACCAGUGCCAAAUCAUCUAUCAAUAUUGAAGCUGCUUUCACACAUAUCACAAAAAACAUAUUGAAUAGAGAACUUCAUAAUACAAGGGCUGUGGUUAGGAAGACAUCUAAUCUUAGACUUCAAAAUAGAUAAUAACAAUAAUAAUAAGAAAAGAAAAAACAAGAGGAUCUUUGUUGUUGA